AUGAAUGGAACACAGCCAUCGAACUGCUCCAGGAAUCCUACAGCAGAAAAAAUUGGAAUGACCCUUGCUUACUGCCUGAUCUUCAUUUUGUCGUCGGCUGGGAACAACGUCAUUGGAAUAAUUGUGAUACAAACGCUCUAUGUAGACUCCUGGCUGAUCGGUGGUCCUCUUGGCCAGGUCUUGUGUAAGCUGGUUGCCUUCUUACCAGAUACCUCCUCUACUGUGUCUAUUCAGAGCCUGGUUCUGAUAGCAGUGGAUCGAUUUGGAGCUGUGGUAUUUCCUCUCCGUUCUCCACUGAUCAGUUCAAAGCUGUGCCCGUUCUUCAUUGUCGCCACUUGGAUAGUCGCGAUAGCUGUUUUCUCUCCAGAGCUCUUCGUCAGCAACGUUGUUGAAUAUCCAGGGAAGCUGGUUUGUCAGCGGCAUUGGAAUGAACUUUUUGGAGAGCUCUCAUCCUAUGAGUAUUACAUCAUGUCCUGUAUUGCUGUAUUCAUGUUUAUCCCGUUGGUGUUGAUAGCCAUACUUUACGUUAUCAUCUAUCUAAAGCUCAAGUCACAGAAAAUUCCAGGUGAGCAAUCAGCCAACGCUGGACAAGAACGCCAGCAAAGGGAGCGGAACGUCCUAAAGAUGGCCAUUGCUAUUAUGUUAGGGUUUGCAGCAUGCUGGCUGCCCCUCGCUAUCUUCUGGUGUAUUCUCCUUUUUACGGAGACCAUCAUAUGGCCGAAUUGUGGCGACCCUUACUUUGUAUAUGUUGUUAGGUUAUUGGCUUCCGCAAAUUGUGCCAUAAAUCCUGUUAUCUGUUUAAUUUUCAGCAGAAAUUAUCGUAAUGGGCUUAAGGCUCUCUUCACAUAA